CGCCAGAUCCUCGCUCCCACCACAACCUUAACUACUACAAUACUGAGCUGCUGUCGCCCCCACGAGGGUCCUAGCCUGACUGUCUAGCGCGGUGGAACUGGCUAUCGGAAUGAGCUGGACACCGACGUGGACAAUCCGGAACAAUGCCCAUCGAUCUCGACCAUGUGCUGUAUACGCGCGCGAGAUGGCGAAAGACUAUUUUGGUUCCGCUCUGGACCUUUCAGGUCGCGGUGCUGCUGUGCCUGAUGGCCGUCUUUGCCUAUCGCCUGGCCGAGACAUUUGAGCAUUACAAGGACAGUCAGAAGAUGGGCCAGAUCCCUAUGGUCGAGGUCGUUUGGGAAGCUACCAACGUCGGCUUCAACCUCAUAUCGCUCGUUCUCAACAUUCUUGAAAUUGCCCGCAAGGCAACAGAAAGGCUAACGCCCUUCUUCAUGAUAUGUACCCACAUCAUCAAGCUCACCCUCGCCUUGGCCGUGCUCGCCCUCGACAUUGUCGCCUAUCUCCAAGGCAUGGACGGCCACUACUCGACCAUUGGCCUGUCGCUUGAUUGUGGGCUACUGUACGCGUCCUUACCUCCCAGCCCCUAUCUCUCUCUAAUCAAAUCCCCCUUCUAGCGCGUCGACCAUUGUGACAUUCAUCUACGCCUUGGUCACCUACCGCCGCCUGCUCAAAUACGAAGACUACCACCUCACCGCCGCCAGCACAAAACCGCAUCCAGACGGUGGGGGUAGAGCGGGAGGAGUCG